GGAAACAGGGUUGAGCCCAGUUCCGGGCGCGAGGCGGCCGCUGAGAAGAGCAGAACGCGGCUGCUGGAAGCCGGUGAGGCAGAGCCGCGAUGUUCCGUAUCGAGGGCCUCGCGCCGAAGCUGGACCCCGAGGAAAUGAAACGGAAGAUGCGCGAGGACGUGAUCUCUUCCAUACGGAACUUCCUCAUCUACGUGGCCCUGCUGCGAGUCACUCCUUUUAUCUUAAAGAAAUUGGACAGCAUAUAAAGAUUGGACAUCAUAUGUGAAUGCAUGAUAUGAAGAACCUGGUUACAGUUUCUACUCUGCAAAUGAAUCUACAAAUUAAUAGGCCCAGAAAGAUGUAAGAGACUCUGAAUGGACGUAAAACUUCUACUUGUUAAGAGCAAGUUUGGCUCUGGUGACUGACUUUCAUAGCUAACAAUAUAAAACUAUUUGGGAAGUAUGAAAGAUGUUUUGUGGCCAUAGUAUGCCCUUCUACCUGUGAUAUUCAGCCUCCAUGAAUGUUAGUGUCAUUGUAAAUAAUGUCAAAUUCCAUUUUCUAGCAAGUAUGAAUUAUAUAAGGGAAUUAUGUCUGCAAUGGCACUGUCUUGUCAUUUCUAUUUGCCUUUUUACUUCUAUCUGGAGUAUAUUUGGUGACAAGCUCCUUAUGAUUAGUUCUGUUUUAAGGAAGCCAGCACACAACCACAACAUUUAAGCAUAGGACUAUUCUAUAUUUUUAAUAAAUGUACCAAUUAAGAAAAAAAAAUUUUUUUUUUCUGUUUAAUCUGCUUUUUGCUGUAAGCCAACAGUCACUGCUAAGACUACUAUAGUGUGAUUAUUACAACUACAUGAAAUUAAGUUCUUGUUUUUGACUGGAGAAUUUGCUAAUCCUGAUAAAGUGACAUUGUUUUAUUGUUAAGUAGUCUUUAUGAAAGACAAUGUUACUGCUUGGUGCUGUAACUUUGUAAUACAAAGGAAAAACAAUAUAUUUUUAAAUCACACAGUUCUCCAGGUUUGUUAGGAAAGGGAACAGUCCUUAACCUUCCCAGAGGCAACACAACUACAUUCACCUCUUUUUAGCUAAUUAUUUUGGUAUUUACCUUGUGUCUUUAAAUAACAUGAUUGUGUUACUUUAUGAUUUUUCUGUUUUAGACAUUGCCUACUGACUUCUAUGUACAUAAAGAUUUAGGUCCCUUUCUUUACCUCCAUUACUUGCACAUCUCAUUUCUUCUUCCGUUGUACUUCUUGGUGUGGUUUUGAUUAGAUCAAUUUCAUUAGGACUCCAGAUGCUAUUUCGUUUCCUGUACAUCUUUUUGUUUUUCCUAGGCUUAGUUUUCUAUGAACUUAACCACUAAAUCAACUAAACUUUUUGCCAUUUAUUAUCUAAAUUGUUCACAAUGUUCAGUUUCAUUAGAUAUGCUCUUUCAUCUUACUGAAUAAGCCUUUUCUAGAGCUUUCUGAUCUGUUCUAUGCCUGAUGUAUGAUUAUUUUCUGGGAUUUCCCUUCACCAUUAUCCUUGGAAUUCCUUUUCUUCUCUCAUGUUGGAUCUUGUGACCAGUGUGGAUUUGUUCACUCAAUCUCUGUAUUGAGUACAGUACCCCUUCCCAUAAUUGCCUGGUAUCCCACAAUCCAGAUAAUCCUCUAUUUUACCCUUCUCAGAAAAACAAACUUAUUUGGGGAGAUGAGGCUGCCUAGCGAUGUAGAGUUGCAGAGAGCAUCCACCUACUUAAACCUUCAACCAAUUCCUAUUUUAGUGUCUACCCUUUCACCUCCUACUUCUACAGGUACAUGAAGCCACCAGUUCUGGAGCCUGUUAGGGAUUCUGUGUUGUAAAUUGGAUUGUUUUGCUUUUCCUAUUGUUGACUCAGGAUUCAGUUUUCUUGGGUCUACAGUGUUAUUUACUAGUUCAUCUGCUUUCCAACUUCUAACUUUUUGUUGCUGAUGUCGCUCCUUUGUCUUCUAUCCUUUUGGGUUUAUACCUUAAAACAGACAAAGAUCUUUGCUGUCAAUUAAUGGAAUUUCAAGAUGGAGUGGAAAUAGAUGCAUGUGCUCAAUCCACCAUCUUUACCCAGACAGUAUGUAUUUUAACCUUGUGAUGCUGUCUUUUGUGUUGGCAAUUUAUAUCCAUUCCUGACUUAAAGAGGUGCAGUGCAUCAUGGUCUAAAGACAGGCAGACUCGAUUUUGAGUCCUGGCUCUAACAUAUGAAAUGGAUGGCUUUUAGCAACUGAACCACUAAAUGUCAUUUUCUUCACCUGUGAAAUUAGCAUAAUAGAAAUAUCUGUCUAUUUCAAAGUGUUAUAAAGGUGAAAUGAGAGAAUGCAAGUAGAGCAGUUAGUGCAGUGCCUGACAUUUGGUAAAUGCUAGUUACUACUGAUAGUUAGUCUUUGAGAGAAGAUGUUAGGAGUGAUUUGUGCUGGCAUUCACUGCAUUAAUAGGUUUCAUUCAUAUCUCCAGAUGCUGUGAAAUAGCAUGGUUUAUCCUCUAAUUGUAUAAAGGUUUCAAAUAACCAAACAUUUAAAUUAAUUAUCUGAAAACAGCUUUAAAAAGUCGAUAUUAGUGCCAUUUUACAGAUCGGGAUUUUGAGACUCUGGAAGUUUCAGUGGCUAAUAAAUAGCUAGCCAAGGCUAGGGAACUUUUAAUGUUUGUUUUGUACCCUAUCCUUAAGUGCUUUUCUCCAGUACUAAUACGUUAGCCCACCAAGCUCUAUAGUAUGUUCACCCUACCACAUAGUUUCAGUGCUUCACCUCCCUCAUCUCAUUUUAGAUUCCAUUAGCCAUCAUUGGAAUCAUUCUUGCAUAUACACCUUCAACCCUCUUCCCUCAUUAGCUUCAUUGUACUUCUCCUGCAAAACCCAACUGUGGUUAAAUCUAACUCUGCCUGCUCUGCCUGCUCUGCCUGUCCUGUGCAAUUGAAAGUGGUUGGAAUAAAAACAAUCCUGCAGAUAGGAUCACCUUGGAAAAUAAUUGUUAACCUCAGCUGGGUCCUGCAGGACCACUACGUUUCCAGGUCAUUCUAUACUAGGCAUAUAUUUCAUACCUUCUCUUCAAACCUCCAGUAUCUCCUCUCUCAUCUUCAAGCUUGGCUGAUGUUGCUUUGCACUUCCCUGAGAAAAUAGAAGCAUCCGAAUGAAAGCGUCCAUAAACUUAUCCGUACCUAACCACACGCCAACAUUUGUAGUCUACUUCCUGUGCUCUUAUUUAAGGAUAGUCCUGACCUAUAUGCACUCAGUUCCCCACCCCCCAAUAAUUACCCAAAGAUCUUGCUCCAACAAUUUUCCCUCUUUAUCAAAUUUUCUUUCUUUGUUGGAUCAUUUCCAGUAACAUACAAAGGGCUGUGAUUUCUUCUGUCUUAAAAAGAAUUUUUUUAAGCCCUUUUGCCAGUCUGUCCCCUGGAGAAAAUGCUGAGAUUUGGUGCAGGAGGUUUUAGAGGCAGUAUUUUUGGGAAAAACACUUUAGAGAGCAAGUAAAACAGUUUGGGCAGGGGGAGAAAUUGAACUGUGAUACAGUUGCAACUAGGGUGACCAACUAUCCAAGGACUGUCCCAGUUUUAACACUGAAACUCCUGUAUCCCAGGAAGCCUCUCAGUCCUGGGCAAACCAGAAUGGUCGGUCACCCUAGCUGCAACAGCAGCUUUAGUUAAUCCCACAGGUAUCUUUGGUGCUGGGAUGGCCUUUCAAAGAAGUUCUGAAUCAAGACGAGAGCAGAGCCUUUGAACUGCUGCAUCAGAUUGUCUUUGGUUGUAGACUGUGGGAUGUGGGGGUGGUAUAUAACUAUUGGAGGCAUUUCCUUCAGCUGAGGGCAAUUUCUGGGAGGGAUACAGCAGUGAGAUGUCAGCAGCCAACACUCCUAGCUGCUGAGGGAAUGAGUACCUUGGUGCUAAAGUUGAGAUCUGGGUGGUUCACUGCACCAUCCAUCAUAAUCCUCUUGAAUCAUCACCCUUCCAUCUACAAUCCCAUUUCUCUGCUCUCUUUUAAGAUAAAUGCCUCAGUAAGGUUGCCUGUAUUUUCAUUUCCUUUAUCCCAUUAUCUUUUGAACCUGCUCUAGUUAGGCUUAUAUUCCCACCAGUCUUCUGAAACUGCUUUUGUCAAGGUUAACAUUGACCUGACUUACUCUAUCAGCAUCACUUAACACACUGCCUCAUUUUUGUAACCACCUGUGGGCCUUCUAUAAUGUGAAUUUCCUAAUUUUGCUCUUAUGCACCCUUUCUAUUGCACUUAGCCACCCUUCUUCAGAUUUUUUUGCUGCUUCCUCUUCAUCUCUAACCUCUGAAACUUGCAGUACCCUAGCUUCACCCCUCAGACCUCUUUUCAGUGCAGAUUCUUUACUACUUCGGUGAUUUCAUCUGGACUCUUGGCUUUAAGUGCCGUUUAUGGGCUGAGAACUCCCAAAUUUAUAUUUCUAGCCUAUACCUCUCCCCUUAAUUUCAAACUUGUCCAAAAACAAACACCUAAACUUCCCCCUUCAUGAAACCUACUCUCUCAGUCUUAGAAGAUAAUUCCAUCUUUCCAGUUGUCUUGACUCCUCACUUUCACAUCCCACACCAGUCCUUCAGAAAAACAUGUUGGCCCUACUUUUGAAUUAUAAUCAAAACCUGACUUCACCAGCUUCAUUACCACCAUGCUGGCCCAGUCCACCAUCUCUCUUCUGAGUUACUGCAACAGUCUCCUAAUAAGGCUUCCUACUUCCAUCCUGACCCCUCUAAGACUGUUCUCAACACAGCUAUCAGAAUGGUCCUCUUAAAAUUUAAGCCAGAACAUGUCACUCCUGCUCCAAACCCUCCUGUGGCUUCCUGUCUCAGGGUAAAAGCCACUGUCCUUCUGAUUGCCCACAGAGUUCUGUACAAUCUGGUCCUCAUCACUUCUCUGACUUCAUCUUUUAUGACUCCAGUCUCUCACUGUACUCCGGCUACACUGGCCUUAUUGCUUCCUCAGACAAACUAGAUAUGCUACUGCCUCGAGGCUUUUGUACUGUUCCUUCUGCCUGGAAUGCUCUUCCCUUAGAUUCUCAAGGGCCUCACUCCUCUCGUUGAGGCCUCUGCUUAAAUGUCAUUUUUCCAGUGAGGCCUUUCCCAAUGCCUUUAUAGGAUGUUUCAAUUUGUGAAAAUGCAGCAAGUCAUACUCUUAUGAUAUUGUGCAUUUUUCUCUAGUUGCAUUAUAGUUCAAUAAUUUUAUUUUAUUUUUUUAAUUACAACCUCUUCAGUACUCCAUAUCCCCCUUCUUUAUUUUUCUUCCUGGCCCUUAUUUAAUAGUUUAUUUUGUUAAUUGUCUGUCUCCCUUCAUUAACUAUAUACUUAAUGAGGGCAGAGAUUUUGUCUGUUGUGUUCACUGUACAAUACCAGUACCUAGAACAGUGCCUUGCCCCAGUGGGUACUCAGUAUUCAUUGAAUUAUAGAAUUAGUGAAAUUUUUAACUAUUUGUGGGAACUGUGAGAGCCAGAAAAAGGUAAAGAUUAUCAGACGAUAUUAGUAUCCCAAUUAAACAGUGAUCACGAAUUUUCAGUCUCUGGAUGUGGGCUUUGUCUCCAGCACUGCUCUGCUGCCCAGAGGCAGGCUGGGAGAAGGUGGAGAGUUGUUCAUCCAGGAGUGGGGCUUGCCACAUAGAUAAGGUGAAAUGGCAGGGCCACUGAAUGACUGAAAUAAUGUAUAAGGCAUCCAAACGGGAUAAGGAGGAACGGGCAGGAGGGAGCUGAUGGACAGGAAGAAAAUAGAGGAGUCAGUCUGGCUGAGGGCAACUGCAGGAGUUGGAGCAGUGGAACAACAGCCUUGAAGAUCUUUAUGCCCAAAAUAUCUUCCCUUCCCUUUCAGUGGAGACGAAAGUCCCUGUUUUUAAAAAGAGAAUUCAUUCUCUCCUCCGAUUUAUGUGUUCAUUUAUGAAGAAAGAAAAUUGCUAAGUGCAAAUAUGUUCAUGAUGCCAAGAGACUGAAGACUAAUUUUAUGGGACAGUAUAGAAACAAUAUGAGUCUACUGCUGGAUAUGUUAUAGCAGUGAGAGCUUAUAUGAUGCCUUUCUUCCCAGAAUUCAGAUUGCAUUGCCUUGUAUCAUUUGAGCUGUUGAGAGAGGCAAUAUAUCAGAUAAUAUAAAAUUAUAAAGAUAAAAAUGUGGUAGAUAAGAAUUAAAACAAGGAAUGUAGGAAAAUGAUCAAACGAAUUGCUCAUCUUAAAAUCAUUAGUAAAAUACAGCUUUUAUAUGU